AUGGCGCCUAGAAUUGCGAGGAGCUCCAUCCCCACUCAGAAGCCGCGCACUGCGCGCAAGAAGAACCAAAAGCGCAGCCUUAACGCCUUCGCAAUCGCCGAGAAAGAGGCUCCCGAACGCCUCAAGGUUCGCCAGCACCGCCUUGGUGAAGCCGAAGACGAUAACCCGCGCCGCAAGCGCCAGCGCCUUGCAGACGACAUCGAAGAAGACGAGGACGACGAACCGCAUGCCUCGAAUGGUCGGCGCCUUCAGCAGAAGAAUGUCACUAAGGGCAGAUACGACGAGCUGGACGUCAGCGAAGGCAGUGAUUCGGAUGGAAACAACUGGCGCAUGGGCCAUGUUGACGAUGAUGACGACGAGUCUCUUGACAGUGACGAGGCGUUUGGUGAAAGCGACGAGGAGAGGUUUGCCGAUUUUACCUUCCGGGGCAGCUCGAGCAACGGCAAGAAACCCAAGUCCAAGCCCAAGCCUGCUAAGAUUCUGGACGACGAUGGCGACAUCGACCUAGACGAGAGCGAAGAGGAGGACGAGGAAGACGACAACGAGAGUCUGGGCUCGGACGCUGUAGACCUGGUCCAGAUGCUGGACGACUACGAGGAGGAGCAGAACAAGGAAAAGGCGAAGGGAAAGAAGCCCCAAAAAUAUGCCGAGGAUAGCGAGGACGACGCCUCCGACGCCUCCGACGAGGACGACGAGGACAACGACGAGGACUUUGAAAUGUCAGAUGACGAGGGUGACGACCGCGACCCCGGCAAGGCUUCGCAGCUGCAGGAUUUCAUCUCGAGCAUAUCCCAAGACACCGGCGCCAAGGGCAAGAAGGAGAGGAAAGUGGACGUUCACGAAUCGAGCGCACCAUCAGAGUUUGGUGUUGGAGCGUCACAGAAGCUCGACAUUGGUGAUCUGCUUGCUGGAACUAAUGAUCCUAACGCGAAGAAAAUCAUGAAGAUGGUCAAGGAUGACAAGAAAUCCAAGCGCAAUGGCAUUCCCGGCAAGCUCGAUGCUCCUCUUCCCAAGCGCCAGCAGGACAAGCUAGACCGUAUCGCGGCGAAUGAGAAGACCAAGGAAACCUUGGAGCGCUGGGUAGACACGGUCAAGCACAACAGGCGAGCUGAGCAUCUCUCCUUUCCUAUGAGAGAUCCGGACGAGCAACAACCUAUGGGCGCUAAGAAGCUCAUCCCUAUCAACCGCUCCGCACCAGCAAACGACCUCGAAAGUACGAUUCAAGCCAUUAUGGAAGAAAGCGGCCUUGCCACUGGUGCCAAUGCCAAGUCCGAAGAAGAGCAAAUUCGCGAGUUCGAAGAGCUCCAAACCAACAAGAUGCCUAUCGAGGAAGUUAUGGCUAGGAGGGCAGAGCUCCGCAGGGCUCGCGACUUGCUUUUCAGGGAAGAGGUGCGUGCUAAGCGCGUCAAGAAGAUCAAAAGCAAGGCAUACCGCCGCGUGCACAGGAAGGAGCGUGAGCGUGCUGAGCAGCAGGAGAGGGAAGCUAUGGCAGCAGAGGGUAUCGACAUCUCUGAGGAGGAGCGCGAGCGCAACGACCGCCGACGGGCCGAAGAGCGUAUGGGCGCGAAGCACCGCGAAAGCAAAUGGGCCAAGGGCCUCAAGGCGUCUGGACGUGCAGCUUGGGAUGAGGAUGCUCGUGGCAGUCUCCAUGAGAUGGCUCGGCGCAACGAAGAGCUUCGCCAGAGAAUUGAAGGCAAGGACGUCCGGAAUGAGGAUGACGACGCGACGGACAUCAGUAGCGAGGGAGAAAGCGACGACGAAGACUACGAUUCGGAAGCUGGCGAAGCCCGAAGACUGCAGCGUCAGCUCAACCGCGUUGAUGGCGAAGAUGUUCCAGCUGACGCUGGCGGUCUGUCCAAGCUGGCGUCAAUGAAAUUCAUGCAGCGAGCGGAUGCUGCACGCAAGGCGCAGAAUGACGAAGAUAUCAAGCGCAUGAGGCGUGAACUGGCCGGCGAGAAUGAGGAUGACGAGGACGCUGACGGCCCUACCACAAUCGGUCGCAGGGUGUUUGGGCCUUCGUCGAACAAACCGGCGCCUCAGCCGACCAAAACGCAGCCCAAGUCCGAAUUCGAAGAGCGGCUUGGUUCAGAUGACGAGGAGGCAGCUGACGAGAUCAAGUUUGUUCUGGAUGAGGAUGAUCGAAAGGCUGCGCCUCCGUCAAAACAAAAGACAAUUUCCAAAACCGAUUCGCGGAAACGCCCACUGGCCGCCGCCGCGGCCGCUGCCAGAGAGGCGUCAUCCGAGCCUGAGGACAACCCGUGGGUGGCCGCACCUAUCAAGAGCAACACUUCCAAGUCAAAGUCGCGUCAAGCGACGACUUUUGCCCCAGCCUUGGAUGUGUCAGAAACCAAGACCUCGCGAGACACCAAGCCUGCGGCAGCGAAGGCGACCGAGGCCCCCGCUCCAGCUGACGCUGACGGUUGGACAAUCGUAACCUACCGCAACAACGCGCCCUCUGAAGCUGAUGACGAUUCGGACAAAGAGCCCGAGAAUCCACUCGUUCUGCGCAAGGAGUCUCUUGUCGAAAAAGCAUUUGCAGGUGAUGAGGUGGCCGACACGUUUGAGGAGGAGAAGCGGGCGAUCGAGGAAGAGGAGGGCGACAAGGUCAUUGACAACACGCUGCCGGGAUGGGGCAGCUGGGCGGGCGAGGGCGUGAGCAAGCGCGAGCAGAAGCGCAACAAGGGGCGGUUUGUGACGACGCAAAAGGGCGUGAAGAAGGAAGACCGCAAGGACGCCAAGAAGAAGAACGUCAUCAUCAACGAGAAGCGGGUCAAGAAGAACGCAAAGUUCCUGGCAAGCUCGCUGCCGUUCCCGUACGAGAACAAGGCAGUGUACGAGAGCACGCUGCGGCGGCCGCUGGGCCCCGAAUUCAACACCAAAGAGGUGUUCCAGGACGGCACGAAGCCGCGGGUCAUGGUCAAGCCGGGGACGAUCAUCAAGCCCUUGGCCAAGCCGAUGGUUUAG